AUGUCUGGAGAGAUAAUUACUGGCAGUGUACAUAGUAUUUGCUCUCUAAUCGAUGAAUAUACUGCUUGCCGCGAUAUCGAGAAUUUAGAAAGACAAUUCACUUCGUUAUACCAGAGCAUUCAAGACAGCGACCUACCUUAUGUGGUCCAGUGGAUGUGUAACUGGCUAGGAAAACUUUGUUUGUUAGAUGACGGCAGUUUACUACUCGUAUUUGAACAAGGUCUACUUGAAAUAUCCGUUUCAUUUGACUGUGAUCAGUGCGUUCUUCUUCUUCAGAGUUGCCUUAAUACCUUCAGUAAUGUGGGAUAUUUUACUCGAAUUCUUAAAGCUUUAUCUGUUUGUGCUAUUAAAAUCGAAUUGAAAUACUUUGGCCGAAUCAAGGAAGUCUUUAAUUCAUGUGAGGAUUCGAUAAAAAAAUUUGCUGACAAAGAUUUGUUCUGUGCACUUCAUGCAUCUGCUGACUUAUUUAGAAAUUUAAUUUCGCCAACUUCAGUUAGGCUAUUAAAUUCUGCCGAUAAGUGUUUUUUACGGUGUCAUACUUUGUACAUGAUUUCUAUGUUACUGCACAUUGAUUCUAAAGACAAAGAAGAGCUACUUUUACUUUUUGUGAAGAAUCUUUCGAAUGUAUGUGAAGGGUUGUACACGUUUUAUUUAUCAUGUCGUAGAUUACUUCUCACAUCGCCAGAUACAGUUCUAUACGGAAAAACAGUUGCUUCCUUUAUGGUACCAAGUUGGAUCCAGUUACUGCACUACUUCUUUACUAGUCAUACAUAUGAACUGUACAAAUUUUGGCCAUUAGUUUUUACUCAUGGGUACUGGAUCGACUUAAUCUGUCCUUUUGUAUAUUUCUUGCUCGAUGGGUCCGGGCCUAAUCCACGGUUUAAAAAUUGUAAAGCCGAUUUUAUGGACUCUAGCGAACAAAAAGUUCACCCUGAUAGAUACUUCAGGUUAAGACAAUUCGCCAUGGAUUUUAUUGAAAGCCUUUUUAAAAGAUACCAUUGUUCUCUUCAACUUGUUUGGUGGGAUCCUCACCGGUUUAAGUUGUUAGAGUAUCUAGAAGUUGUUGCUACCGAACCAGUAUCUGAUGAAACUCUUCCAAAUCAUAUUACCCAAGCAAUCGGUUGUAUUGAGCAAAUAAUCUCGUCUUCAACCUACCUCGCUCGAUUCCACAUCUAUGCUAAAUUUCUGGGACCCACUCAAGAUAGUGUACAUCAUGGUUGGCGUGGCCACGUGAUCACUCUAUUCAAAAAUCAUUUACACAGCCUUGUCGUGCAAAGUAUUAGUGAUUCUAAAGCAGAGUUUGAAGUAACUGACCCAGAAAAUAGUGCUAAUUCGUGUUACUCAGAAGACGUCAAGCGUAUAUUUAAAUACAUAUUCAGGUAUCCACUACCAUCCAGUUCACAGGAAGAUUUAAUUGAUGAAAGCAGCUGGUUAUUAUCCGCCUUGAACUUGGCUAUGUAUGUGUUUAUGAAGUUCAAAUCAUACCCUUCACCACUAAUAUCCUACAUUGUAAAGCUUAUAACCAAUACUUCUGAUAGGAAAAUAAGUUACUUUAGCGAAUUUCUGUGUAAUUUAAAGUCAUGUUUAGAUCAACAUAUUGUUCAGUAUCAAGCACGUAUUUCUGCACUCCAAACGACCUUGCGCAAUACGGGUGAUACUACAGAAGCAAUCCGUUUAAAAUCACAACUUGGCGUUCAAGAAAGUGUCAUGCUUCGUUUGCGUCUUUUGGAAAUGACUUUCCAUCAAACUCAGACUUUAUAUCUGCAAUCCGAAUCUACCAGUUACAUGUAA